AUGAACAACAACAAAUGGAAUAAGCUUCAGAUUUUGGUGAUGAAAUUGAAAGUGAUAAUGAAAAAACCUUUUCUCAGUGGUGCUGAAAAACAAAGAGCAAAACAAUUAGUUGGAUCAGUUGAAGUUCAACAAACACAUCAACAAACAGUGAUGACAAAAGUUGAUGAUGAUAUACAACUAUGUCCUAAUGUAGAUGAUCAACAAACAUCAACUAGAAAUAUUCUAUCAACAAAAUUAUUUUAUUCUUCAUUUUCCCAUAAUAAUAUGUCUACAGUCACAGAAAACCCAUCAACAGUUCUUAAGCCAGAAUCAACAAUGAAAUCAUCAUUUCAUCCUACAACUGAUGUUCGUCGUAAAUGGUGGAAAGAAUCUAUAGCAUAUCAAAUUUAUCCAAGAUCAUUUCAAGAUUCUAAUGGAGAUGGAAUAGGUGAUAUACAAGGUAUUAUUCAACGCCUUGAUCAUAUCAAAGAUCUUGGAGCUGAUCUUAUUUGGAUUUGUCCAAUUUAUAAAAGUGCAAAUGAUGAUAAUGGAUAUGAUAUAUCUGACUAUCAAGACAUCAUGGAUGUAUUUGGUACAAUGGAAGAUGUUGAUGAAUUGAUAAAACAAGUUCAUGCUCGAGAUAUGCGCAUUAUAUUUGAUCUUGUUUUAAAUCAUACAAGCGAGUAUGUAAAGAGUGUUCCAAAAGUCAUGUUCACUUAA